CGCAAAGGACAGAACUAGAAGAGAUAGUUAAAGAGUGACUGGCCUCUUUUACAGUUCACAGAAAGAGGAAGAAUGUACUAAGGACACCCGCUAUAGUUUUGAUCUUAUAAAACAGCUUAAAUAUGGGACUCAGCUGUGGGGCACAGUGCUGUAAAUUCAUACUUUUUGCAUUCAACUUCAUAUUUUGGUUGGCUGGAGCAGCCCUAUUAGGCCUUGGAAUAUGGCUGCGGGUAGACAGAAAUGUGCUAAGCAUACUCGAAAUUGCUAAAAUAGAUUCAAAUGAUCCAUUAAUAACUAUCGUGUCUUACGUGUUGAUUGGAAUCGGGGCAUUCGUCUUUCUUGUUGGAUUCUUGGGAUGUUGUGGAGCUUGUCAGGAAAGUCCGUGCAUGUUAUGGCUGUACUGCUUUUUCCUGAUCAUUGUAAUGCUUGCUCAGAUAGCUGCAGGAAUACUGGCUGGUAUUUACAGAAACAGGUUAGGAGAUGAGUUACGAAAAGGAAUGGCGAAUGCUCAUAAUAAAAAUUAUGGUCAGCCAGGCCAAGAUGGAUUCACAAGAUCGUGGAACGCUGUCCAGGUUUCAUUGAGAUGCUGUGGAGUGAAUGGCCCAGCAGAUUACUCAAACAGUACAUGGGCAAAGACAUCUGGAGGUAACAAUACGAUUCCUGAUACAUGUUGCAAAUUAUCAAAUACUGACUCAGAAAAUCCUAUGCCUAAAGAUAAAGGUCAAUGCCUACUUGACUAUGGUAAUAAUGUUAGCAAAUCCGAGUUCCUUCGUGUCAACGGAUGUUAUGAUGAAUUUUUCAACUGGAUGCAAAAACAUAGUGUUAUUCUGAUAGCUGUUGCCUCAGCAAUUGCUGCUAUACAGAUCUUUGGGAUCGUAGCAUCUUGUUGCCUUCUCCGAGAAUUCAAGAAAAAUUAGAAAGGAAAUCAAUUGCAAAGCCUAAUUAAGCAUAUUUCCUUAACAGCUUGUAAUCCAUGAAUACCACUAAAUAGGAGACAAGGUCAAUAUAUCGAUGUACACACAUUAGAUAACAUUUUAGAAAAGAAGUAGAAUUCCAAUUUGUUUGCAAAAGAAUGAAAAUUAAAAGGAGGGAGGGGUCAGUCUGUCUCUCAGUCAAUGUACACUCCCCUCCAUAAGUUCUUGCAACCAGAAGUCCCCUUUUUUGGAUCACUUAUUGAAGCCUGUUUAUGGUUUGCGAUUGAAACAAUUCACCAAUUUCUAAACUACUGUACAAGAUUAUGAUACAAACAGUGACAGGCUUAAAAAUGCUUUCAAAUGAAAACUUUUAGUUGCGAAAUUUAUGGAGGGGAGUGUAAUUAAGCUUUCCUUUUGGGCAAUAUUUGGAUUUUGAAUAUUGACAUCGAAAUAUUGACCUAUUGUAUAUAUUGGGAAGAAUAAGAUACCCUUAGUUUUUGAAUGUACAAUUUUGCAUGAGGAACUGUUACU